CUCUUACCCCUCUGUGUGUAUCUGUCACCCUGUGCCCCCUCCUCUGUGUGUAACUGCCCCACCCAGUGCCCGGCCCCCUGCCUGUGCCCAUCCCUCUCUGCUGCCUUUAUUGCCCCCCGCCCGCACAGCUCGGCCCGUGUGUUCCUGCUGCAGCUGUCAGUGCCCGCACACGUCUCGCUAAUCCCCGGCAGCUGCACCUCUCCAUGGCGGAUUAUCAUAAACCCGACCAGCAGACGCUGCAGUCCCUGAGAGAUACCGCCAACCGGCUGCGGAUCCUGUCCAUCAGGGCCACCACCGCGGCGGGCUCAGGACACCCGUCAUCAUGCUGCAGCGCAGCCGAAAUCAUGUCUGUGCUCUUCUUCCACACAAUGCGGUAUAAGCCUCAGGAUCCCAGGAACCCCAACAAUGACCGCUUUGUGAUGUCUAAGGGUCAUGCGGCACCGAUUCUGUACGCAGCCUGGGCAGAGGCCGGUUUUCUGCCGGAAUCAGAACUGUUAAACCUGAGGAAGAUUGACUCUAUAUUGGAGGGACAUCCCGUACCGAAACAAGAUUUCGUAGAUGUGGCCACAGGAUCUUUGGGACAGGGGCUGGGCGCAGCCGCUGGUAUGGCUUACACUGGAAAAUACUUUGACAAAGCCAGUUACCGAACAUACUGUCUCCUUGGAGAUGGAGAGACAUCAGAAGGUUCUGUUUGGGAAGCAAUGAGUUUUGCUGGUCUGUACAAGUUGGACAAUCUUACGGCCAUCAUAGAUGUUAACCGCCUUGGACAGAGUGAUCCCGCCCCACUUCAGCACAAAGUCGACAUCUACCAGAAACGGUGUGAGGCCUUUGGGUGGCACACGGUUGUGGUGGACGGUCACAGUGUGGAAGAGCUGUGUAAGGCAUUCAGCACAGUGAAGAACCAGCCCACCGCCAUCAUUGCCAAAACCUUCAAGGGCAAAGGGAUUACAGGUGUUGAGGACAAGGAAAGCUGGCAUGGGAAGCCACUUCCCAAAGACUUAGCUGAGCAAGCUAUCAAGGAGAUAGAAAGCAAGAUCCAAAACAAUAAGAAACUGACCCCAGCCCUCCCCGUGGAAGAUGCACCCAUUGUCAAUAUUAAGAAUAUUAAGCUGCCUCCUUCUAAUUUCAAGUUGGGAGAAAAGAUUGCAACUCGCAAGGCAUACGGGCUGGCGCUAGCUAAGUUGGGCCAUGCUAAUGACAGAGUUGUUGCCUUGGAUGGUGACACUAAGAACUCCACCUUUUCAGAGCUCUUUAAAAAGGAACAUCCAGACCGCUUCAUUGAGUGUUACAUCGCUGAACAGAACAUGGUGAGUGUUGCCGUCGGGUGUGCGACUCGAGAUCGUACUGUCACCUUUGCCAGUGCUUUUGCCACGUUCUUCACCAGGGCCUUUGAUCAGAUCAGAAUGGCAGCAAUCUCGGAGAGCAACAUCAAUCUCUGUGGGUCGCACUGUGGGGUUUCUAUAGGGGAGGAUGGAGCAUCUCAGAUGGGACUGGAAGACUUGACCAUGUUCCGUGUUGUGCCCACUGCUACCGUGUUUUACCCGAGUGAUGCAGUGUCUGCAGAGAAAGCAGUGGAGCUUGCUGCAAACACAAAGGGAAUAUGCUUCAUAAGGACAAGUCGCCCAGAGAACGCUGUUAUUUACAACAACAAUGAGGAAUUUAAGAUUGGACAUGCCAAGGUGGUCCAUCAGUGCAAGGAUGACCAGGUGACAGUUAUCGGAGCUGGUGUCACUCUGCAUGAGGCACUUGCUGCGGCAGAACAGCUUAAGAAAGAAAAAAUAAAUAUCCGAAUUAUUGACCCAUUCACCAUUAAACCGCUGGAUAGGCAAACCAUUAUUGACAGUGCCAAAGCCACUAAGGGCCGAGUUAUAACCGUGGAGGAUCAUUACCAUGAAGGUGGCAUUGGAGAAGCAGUGGCCGCUGUCCUGGUUGGGGAGCCUGGAAUUACAGUGAAAUCAUUGGCAGUGUCUGGCGUUCCCCGUAGCGGUAAACCAGCUGAGCUGCUGAGGAUGUUUGCCAUUGACAAAAUAGCCAUUGUGGAAGCCGUCAAGAAAAUUAUUAAAUAAACCCUUAAAUGGUGGGAGGAGGGACCUUGACAACUUGCUCAAAUUCUGUGAUGACACACAAUAUAGUAUCCUGGUAACCGCAAUGUCAUUAAAAUAAGGCUUCUGAACAAUGUAAAGGCUCCUUGAUAAAACGUUUUGUAUUGGAAUGGACAGUUAAUGUUUAUCAUUUCACACAUAUUAAAAUCUGUUCUAAAGUUA